AUGAGUUUGUCUUGGGCGAAUCAAUUUGCAAAAACUGCGCUUAAGACUGCCCAGCAGAAGAUUGAUAGUGUUUUAGACAUUCGACCUGGAGAUGAGGUGCCAUCUUCUGCGGCGGAGCCUGCUGUUAGCAGCGAGUCGCUUGAAACAGCUGUAGCGCUUCUGGAUACUUCAAAUGAGGUUGCCCCAGCCCCCUCUACUUCUUCUGCCGUAGGCGAAGGAUGGACUAAUGCUUGGAACAGUUUGUCUUCUGAUCGUGAACUUAUUGUGGACUCUGAACCAAAUCCGAUUCGUGACGAGUGCCCUCAAGCAUCCGCAACCUUGUUCGAUCAUUCACCCUCUUCGGUCCGUCAAGUUCCUCACCAUAAAAUACUUUUCGUUGAUCGCAUUUGCAUUGAAAUAAGCAAUGUUGAAGAUUCUGUUUAUGUUGAUGUUGAUUUAUCCGUACCUUCGCCUGAUGAGAAUCAGUUUGCUUCUUCCUCCGAAACAAUACAAGAAGAAAAUGCUCUUCCUCCCUUGCCAGAUAUCGUUCUUCGUAACUCGUACCAAGAUGAUUCGUUUACCGUUGCCUCCAGUGAUAUUGAAGUAAUUCGCAACGUGGAUGCGUGUUCAAUUGCUAGCAGCAGACCAACGACCGACCACAUGCCUUUCCCCUUUUCCACUUCUAAGAGUGAUUCAACCGAGUCGUUUCGCGCUCAGCUGCUUCAUGCUGAGCAACGUAGGAAUGAAUUGAAAGCUGCAAACGAUACUCUUCAAUCAAAUAAUGCCCAACUUCAACAAAGAAUAGUAGUGUUGAAUCAGCAACAUGUUUCUCUAAAAAAAGAGCUUGACGCCAAGAAAGCCGAACUGGAAGAUCUUCUUGCUGAAGGAAAGCGUCUUUCUGACCAUUCUGGCAAGCAAGCACGCGAGAUUAGACGAUUGCGAAGUGAACUCACCGAGCUGGAGAAAAUCAAGACAGAAAGGAAACGUAUGAUAAAACAGCUUGAGGGGAAUGUUGAACAUUUGACGAAAGAACAGUCGAUGCGUGCCGCUACUUCCGAGGUUGCCCAAAAGCAUGUACUUGAGCAAAAUAAGCUUGUUGCUGACUUGGAACGGCAGUUAGAUGAGGCCCACAGGCAAAUAGAUGAUCUCACUCAGUUCAAUAGGAAACUCACGAAGGAGACGGAACUAAUGCAGUCCGUGAAUUGGUCCGAAAGGCUUGCUGGAGAACGUGCGAAUGAAACGGCGGCCACUGUCAGUGCCGAACUACAAGAGGCUCGUGCGCAUAUUCAACGUCUCAACUCGCAGCUAGAAAGCACAGAAAGUCGUUUGGAGUUUGUUCUCAAUGAAAGGAACAGUGUUGCUCAGUCAAUAUCUCAAGCAAAUAUGCCGCUGCUAGAGGAAAUCAGUAAUUUAAAGCAGGCGCUUCAUCAUGAGCAAAGAGCUAGUGAGGAAGCUGACGUCAAAAUGCGCACUAACAAGAAGGAGCUUCAGCUCGAAAGUCCACCUGAUUCACUUGCCUUUGUGAGGAUUUAUGGCAAUGUAUAUAUUGCGAUGUUCAUGAUGCCUAUCGAAAUCCUCUGA